AUGGAAAGAAAUGUCAAGAAUAAGAAGGUGAACAAAACCUGUAACACUUUGCCAAGCGCCAGAGAAGCCCAUACUAGUGUCUCUAGCCUCUUGCCUCCAGAGGAGGUUUCACCAUCUAACGUGUCAGAUCUUCCCAGAUUUUUGCCCAAAGUAGCACAUCCUGUAGCUGGACCCCAGAAAAGGCAACCACGCACUGCAAUUGUAUCAAAACAGUCAGAUUCUUCAAACAUGUCUCAGGUGCCACUGAAUCGGCCUGUCAUCCCACCAAGAAGACCUUGUUUCAAGAUAUGCUAUAUCUGUGGCAGAGAAUUUGGAUCACAAUCUAUAUCUAUACAUGAACCCCAGUGCCUAGAGAAGUGGCGCACUGAAAACAAUCAGCUACCAAGUCAUCUUAGAAGACCUGAGCCCAGGAAAUCUGAGGUCCUUACUGGUGGUUCCUAUACGCUUACAGCUGAAAAUGAGGCAGCUUAUCAGAGUGCGCAAGCCCAGCUCCUGCCCUGUAGAAACUGUGGCCGAACCUUCUUUCCUGACCGUCUCAUGGUGCAUGAAAAGUGUUGCAGAGGAGGUAGCAGCAGUGUGGGGCAAACACACACUAGCCCCAGUAAAUCUGGUAAAGGUCCAGGCUUUGGGUCUGCCUCAGCAAGUGAUCCAUCUAAGACGCGUCAAGGCAAGAGUGGGACUGCACCAACCGUAUCAGACAAGGCACAAGUGAUAAAACGGCCACCAACAGUGAUUUGUUACAUAUGUGGCCGUGAGUAUGGAACAAAAUCUAUUAGUAUCCAUGAGCCACAAUGCCUGAAAAAAUGGCACCAGGACAAUGACUUGCUACCCAAACACUUGAGAAGGCCAGAGCCCAAAAAGCCUGAAGUCAGACCUGUGCAAGCCAGAGGCAUGUAUGAUCUCGAUUCUUUGAAUGAGGCUGCCUCGAUCAGCGCCCAGAACCAGCUCGUUCCAUGUGAUAUCUGUGGGCGUACUUUUCUUCCAGACAGACUGAUCGUCCACCAGAAGUCCUGUAAAUGA